AUGAGGCCUUUGGCUCUUAUUUAUGGUCUUAAAAUCCCAAUAGCUUCCUAAUGUAGCCCAAGACACAAGUUGAAGUGUUAACUUCGAAUUUAGGCCGCCCACUUAUUUUGAAUUUGGGCCAUAAAGUGAAAAGUGUAAGAAAGGGAGCCCACAUAUGUCACUAGUGGGUUGGAGGUUCGAAUUUAGGCCCACUUUAUGUCCUUUCACUUCUAGAAGGUACUUUAUGUCUCAUUUCUUCUAAAAGAGACUUUAAUGUGGUUCAGUCUGUAUUUAAGAUCUGUUUAGGAUCUCUGAUUGUCAGAUUUUGUACCUAAGAUCUGCUUAGGGUCUUUCACCGUCAGAGUUUGCUUUAGGUCAUGUCAGAGUAUUUUUAGAAGAUUUGUCUAAGAUCUCAGUCUGUUAGAGUCUGUUUUAAGUCAUUUCAGAGUUAGUCAGGCUUUGUCCCUAGGAUAUGUCAGGAUCCUUUUUUUGGGGAGCGCCCAAUCUCCUUUCUAGACCUAUAUAAAGGUCUCCAUUGUAACCUGAGGUACUCACUUUUUUUAGUUGAAUCAGUUUUCUCUAUUGUAAGAACCUUUCCCUCUUGCUGGUGUAUUUAGGCACCCCCUUGUGGAUUCAAGAGUUAAAGACUCCAAAUCUGUGGAUUCAGAGGCAGGUUUCUUCCCCAAGAUUAGAGCUUUGUGGAUUCAAGCCCAUAUCUUGUUUAUCUUCCGUGUUACUACUGCAUCACUUCCAUAA